CGAAGGACGUUCGCUUUUUCCGGGUCGGGUAUUGAAGAGAAUCACUUCCUGUGACGGAGCUACGUCACUUCCACUUAAGAUCGGCGUCUGGUCUGUGGGAACCCACGCGGUUUCAACAUGCGUAUCGAGAAGUGUUAUUUCUGUUCGGGCCCUAUUUACCCCGGCCACGGCAUGAUGUUUGUCCGCAACGAUUGCAAGGUGUUCAGAUUCUGUAAAUCCAAAUGUCAUAAAAACUUUAAAAAGAAGCGGAAUCCUCGCAAGGUCAGGUGGACUAAAGCAUUCCGUAAAGCAGCUGGUAAAGAGCUUACAGUGGAUAAUUCAUUUGAAUUUGAAAAACGUAGAAAUGAACCUGUCAAAUACCAGCGAGAGUUAUGGAAUAAAACUAUUGAUGCAAUGAAGAGAGUUGAAGAGAUCAAACAGAAGCGCCAAGCUAAAUUUAUAAUGAACAGAUUAAAGAAAAAUAAAGAAUUACAGAAAGUUCAGGACAUCAAAGAAGUCAAGCAAAACAUUCAUCUUAUCCGGGCCCCUCUUGCAGGCAAAGGAAAGCAGCUGGAAGAAAAAAUGGUGCAGAAAUUACAACAGGAUGUGGACAUGGAAGAUAUUUCUUAAAAAUCUCACUAACUUUAUAAGUGUAUUUGAAAAUCUCUUUAGGAGACUAAGAACUUCUGAAUUAUCAAUUUAUAUCUUAAGUAAGGUCACUCAAAUGAAAGGUAAUUAAAAAUGCAUCUCUCCUACAUUGCUCUCUGUAAAACAUUAUCCAUAUUAUGGAUGUUAGAUUGCAUCUCCAUCGUUAAACCUUCACUGAGAGUUUACAUUUAUGUAAGUCAUGCAAAUUCUCUUUGUAAAUACAGACUGAAGUGUGGACAUAAACCGGUCCUGCCAUUUGGAUAGUGGCACUAGGCAGAUUUAUGUGUGAACUAACAACAAAAAUUCAUGGCUAGCAAUAUGUAAAAUAAAUUUUCUUUGCGGUAAAAUAUUCCCUGUAUUAUUAUUAUAGAAAGGGGGCUUACAACAAAGAACUAAACCUGUAUGAUAAUUAGCUGCAAGUAAUCUUUUCAUUUGUUUUGGUUUCUUAGCGUCUUAGAAGAACAUAUUGGCCUCACAUAUUGAAACCUAAUUAAUUAUGUUGGACUGUUUUCACCUGCGCUGUUUUGAUAGGCAGCUCUUAAUGUUGGGGGUGAGAGCUGAAUAGUGUGCUCCUGAAAUGGCACUAUCAUAUACUUUCUACUUUGGAGAAUACUUAAUUCUGAGAUUCCUGAUUGAUAGAACCAGAUAUAUUUUUCCAGCAUAGCAAUGAUUUAGAAGCAAAG